UUUAGGUUCAAAUCGUUGUACAUCCCUAUAAUUCAUAAGCUUAAUAAUUCUCCAGUUUUAUUCCGCAGAAGUAAAAGACCGAAGUUAAUAAUAAUGGCUGAACCAAUCCGCGUUGUUGUUACUGGAGCUGCUGGUCAAAUAGCUUACUCCUUGCUUUAUAUGAUUGCCAGGGGAGAAGUUUUUGGAAAAGAUCAACCGCUUAUUUUGCAUCUGCUUGAUAUUCCGCCAAUGGUUGGAGUUCUAGAGGGUGUCGUUAUGGAGCUUUCUGAUUGUGCAUUGCCUUUGUUGCGCAAAGUUGUGCCCACAACGGACCCGCUGGAAGGAUUUAAAGAUGUUUCCGCAGCGUUUCUUGUAGGCGCAAUGCCCCGAAAAGAGGGAAUGGAACGCAAAGAUUUGUUGUCUGCCAACGUUAAAAUAUUUAAAGUGCAAGGCGAAGCUCUCGACAAGGUUGCAAAGAAGGAUGUAAAAGUUCUGGUUGUUGGAAACCCAGCUAAUACCAAUGCCCUAGUUUGUGCCAACUACGCUCCAUCGAUUCCACGCGAAAACUUCUCGGCAAUGACACGGUUAGAUCAAAAUCGCGCAGCAGCACAGAUCGCAUCGAAACUAGGCGUCCCGAUUUCUAACGUUAAAAAUUUAAUUAUAUGGGGUAAUCAUUCUUCUACACAAUAUCCAGAUGCAAGCCAUGGAAAAAUUCUUAUUAAUAACGAAUGGAAAGAUGUUGUUGAUGCAGUUGGAGAUAAUGCAUAUUUGGAAGGUCCAUUUGUUGAGACUGUUCAGAAACGUGGUGCAGCAGUUAUCGGCGCACGUAAAAUGUCGUCAGCCAUGUCGGCAGCAAAGGCUGCCUGCGACCAUAUGCACGAUUGGUGGAAUGGCACUGCACCAGGAAAAUUUGUUUCAAUGGGUGUGUUUUCCGAUGGAAGCUAUGGUUCGCCAAAAGACGUUGUGUUUUCAUUUCCUGUUGAGAUCAAAAACAAGCAAUGGAAAAUAGUUGAAAACCUGGGUUUGAGCACUUUUGGUAGGUCCAAGCUGGAUUUGACUGGCAAGGAGUUGGAAGAAGAGAAAAAUGAAGCAAUGUCUGUGUUGGAUUCAAAUUGACUAACCGGCGCAGGGGACUCAAAACUGUAAAGAACACUUGAAUCAAUUACACUGUUUUUGGGUUAAUCUCAAUGGACAACCAUAUUUUUUUCGUGUUACGC